CAGGUUCAAUCAGCUUCUUCCACGAGUGUCGGAGCCGGCCGAUCGGGCUCCAAGUCUGUAACCCCUCGAUCAUCUGGUGGCACACAAGUAAAGCAAAGGUAAGAAAAAGAUUAGCACGAAAUUCAUCGAGAUUUACUUCUUAAAGAGAGACUGGAUCGUCUCAUUCUAUCGUCAAGCUUGUUCACUUUUUUCGUUACCGGAUUUGUCUUAGUUUUCUCGCGUGAGGUUUCGUCUGAACAAUGACGUGUUUGAACCAAAGGUUUGUUGAUAUUUGAAAGCAACAAAUUUUUGGACCCAUCCAAAAUUUGUUUCGAUUUCAUGCCCUGGUCAAGUCUGUGUUGCUAUUGUGUAUUAUUUUGUUUUUCUCGUAAAUAAGUCUGUUCUAUUUCUGCCCCGAAUUCUAAAACAUCGCCAGCAUUCGUUGUAGUUUUUCCAUUAUUGUGAGUGAAGUGUUUGUCCUAUUCAUAGUUAAUUGUAUGUCUUAUUUCAUAUGUUGUUCUUUUUUCUACUGCACGUAAGUUAACCUUUUUUGUUGUAUAUGUUUUAUUUGAGCAGGAGUUACUAUUAUUUAUUUCCCAGCUGAGUUUUCAAUAAAGAAAUAAAAUAAAUUUGUAAAAAUAAAUAAAUUUGAAAGAAAGGAUAAAACUGUAGCCAGGGGCUAAUCCUAACCAAAAAAUCACACUUGUAGUUAAUUUAAGGUGAUUAAUAAGGGUAAAUCAUGCAAGUGAUUAACAAAAUCAAAUGACCGCAUAGGGAGAGUCCGAUUUGUUUAAUCACGAGUACAAUUACAGUUCGAAUUGGACGACACAAAGUUCUAUUACCAAUUAAUAUAACUUAAUAUUAAUAUGUAUCAUAACUGUAACAAAAUUAAAACACAGGAUAUUCUGAGAUGUUUGCGAGAAGCAAAAUUAAUGAUUUGAUUUAAGAUCUGUGCAUUAGAGUUAUAAAACUCUUCUUUUUCUUGUAUUUUGUCCACUGUUGAUAUUUGUACCUUUCUUUUAGUUUAACUAUUGUAACUGUAACUUUUUUUGUGUAAAAUAUAUAGAGGAUAUUACCAAUGGCGUGAAGAUAUCAAUUUUAUUUUCGAGUGGCAAAACAAUAUUUUACGAACGAGCGCAGCGAGUGAGUAAAAUAUUGUUUUUGCCAAGAGAAAAUAAAAUUCAUAUCUUCAAGUUGCCGCGUAAUGUUCUUUUUAUUAUAUAGACAAAUUGACAUCGAUAAAAUAAUAGAGGGAAAUUACCAAAAUUACGUCAUCGAUAAACUCACGUGUGAGAUUAUGGAAAAUAAACCACUCAGGUCCCGGAUGUAGUUAAUAUGAAUUAUGAGUGGUAUAUUUUCCAGUAAAACACUUUUUUCUUUUGACUUUCCGGGAAAGAAAAUUCGUCUUUGCCUGCAAAAUGCUGAGGAAUGUGACCACAUGAGUUCACCGUUUUGGUUUGUUAAACAAAGCCAUGUGACAGUAGUUGUUAACGUUUGGCAACAAAAUGAGCUGUCACACCUAUACUAAAUUUGUGGUCUAAAGUCAAGCUCUGCUAUACAGACACUUACAUGUGUACACAUCAAUGUUACUGUCAGUUUGUUUUGUCCCUGAGAAUAAAAAUCCUUUAUAUUUUCUGUAAAUUCAACACGCUUAAUACGGAAACUCCAUUAAUGUGGACACUUUGUAUGGCCCCCCUCAUUGUCAAUUUUUCAGUAGUAUGCCAAAGAGUUUCUCCUCUGUUCCAUUAAACCCUUUUAUCAGGAAUGCCUUGUCCUCCUUGUUGGAAUGCUUUUUAUUGUAAUUGCUGUACAGAAAAAAAUUUCCAAACAUUUAUCUUUCAAGGAAGUAGAGCAAAGUAACAUAACAGAUGUUUCUUGGCGUUGUGAAAACAACAGUGUAGGCAAAAGGCGGUAGUGAUGGAUGAAUAGUUACUCUUAUUUCUCCUAAGCAUCAUGUUUAUGUUUUAUAAACAAGAAUUUUUGACGCCAGUGUGAGACCAAGUGUAUCAGUAUUGUUGUUGUUCUAUCAUUGACAAUUGGGUGGCAGUUUGUGUAUUCUUGACUGUCUUUUCAUUCUCUUGUACUCUGUCAUUAGGUGAAUGCAUCAUCUGUAAGGCCAAGAAGCUUUGAAAGCGUUUACCAGAUACCCUUCUUGCAAUCACUUCUCAAUUAAAAUUCUACUAAAGACAAAGGAAUCUAAAAAAACCCAUUGCUUUUUGGUGUAUUGUUGUUUUAACAGGAAAGGUGGAAGCAGUGCGCCAGCAGCAAGAUCUCGUACAGCAGCAAGUAGCAGUGGAAUGUGGAGAUUUUAUACUGAAGACUCACCUGGACUUAAAGUGUGAGUUUAAAGUGGUUUUCUAUUUUGAAAGCCUUUUUACUCUUACUACUGGUAUAUAAAAUUUUAAAAAUUGUAAUCUUUCUUAGCCCUUCAAACCCUAAGAUCAAAAUUUGAAUUCACAUUUGUUGCCCCUACUCAUUUCCUACCUCAUUACAGUUAUCUGAUAAGAUGUCAAGCAAAUUCAUCCUGUGUGAUCAUGUCCGUAAUUCUCACGACCACUCCGUUUUAAAAAGCAUUGGUAUUACAAGGAGAAAUUUGAUGCUGAUCACUCUUAGGGCUUAAAGGGUUAAAAGUCACGUGGUUGGAGAAAAGAUCCCUCAAUAACCCCACCAUCAUCACCUGAAUGGGUGGAAGGUCUCAUUACAAAUUCUAUUGGGGAGGGGUCUGAACAAGUUGAUUUAAAAUCAUUUUUACUGCAAAUGUUAAGAUUCAACACUUCAUCAUCAGUGGCGGAUCCAGAUCCAGGGGAGUUCUCGCCCCCCUUAUUUUUUGACUGAACUAGCACUGAGGUGCUCUUGUUGAUGGUAAAAUCUUGAAAACUUGAAAGGUACAUUGUAUUGCUCCCGAAAAAGCCAAGUGGGCUGCCUUGAUCCUUUAAGCCCCAAUAUCAACAUGCACAUUCUUCUUCAGCACUGUUUUUAUACAUCCGCUGGAGAGAAUUUGUUCAAACAUAAAGACACUUCACUUUGGUGAUCAUUUCCUUCAUUCUGAUGACCUCUAUGUUUGAUCAGGCAGUGUUAUUAUUGGGAGAAAUUGGAUGCUGGUCACUUUUGACCAGGGGUUUUAAGGGUUAAAUAAAAAAUAGUACUUUUGGUUUACAUUGAGUUUCUGUUUUUGCCAUUCCAUGGAGUGACAUACAUGUAAUAGUAAUGUUAAUAAUAAUAAUAAUAAUAAUAAUAAUAAUAAUAAUAAUAAUAAUAAUAAUAAUAAUAAUAAUAGUAAUAAUUUAUAUUUAUAUAGCACAAAUGUUAUUAAAAUUUUUUGAUGUUUGUCUCUUUCUCUUUUUUUGCUUUUCACAGGGGCCCUGUUCCAGUUCUGGUUAUGAGUUUAUUGUUCAUUGCUUCAGUUUUCAUGCUUCACAUCUGGGGAAAAUACACACGUGGAUAA